UUGUUUCGCUCUCACCAAGAACUUUGUUUACAGUCCCUUGUGCAGCGAGCUGCAUCCCCCUCUUAUCCUUGCUCCGGGCUAGUGUCCGCCGCAGUCCCGUCCGGCAGUCGGGAGGAAACUUUCAUGCUAGAAUAUUGUCACCUCCAACUCAUCAUUCAGCAACAUCUGAUACUUCAAAGCCUGGAGCGGCUCUUACUGCUGCAUGACUCUGCCUUGAAUUGACAUACAAGACUCCUUAAGCAGUCUUCCUCUGCUACUGAGCCAAGGGAUUUGUUACGAUGGAUUUCUCAUGGACCUGUGCAAUGCGUGUUCAGCAGAGCCUGCUCUAGCCUAAGAACUGACUAAGUAAAGACAAUCAAGAUGACAAACGAACCUAUUAAAGAGAUCCUGGGUGCUCCGAAGCAUCCUGAUUCUGUAACCACAGAGAAGAGUAAUAACAAUGACUGUGUGAUAACCACCAUCCCUCUUGUCAGUGAAUGCCAGCUGACUGCAGCAACAGGGGGCGCAGAGCUCUCCUGCUACCGCUGUACCAUCCCCUUCGGUGUGGUUAUCCUCAUAGCCGGCAUUGUGGUUACAGCUGUGGCAUACAGCUUCAAUUCCCAUGGAUCGAUCAUCUCGGUGUUUGGAUUAGUCGUCUUGUCAUCAGGACUCCUUUUGCUGGCUUCUAGUGCAGUGUGCUGGAAAAUCAGGCAGCAAAAGAAGAAAGCAAAGAGGCGGGAGAGCCAGACGGCGCUUGUGGCGAAUCAGCGAACCCUGUUUGGUUAAAGACAUCCAAGAGAAGGCUGGACAGAAGGCAGAACCUUUGCAAGUCAACUUGACUAUUUAUCAGUAGGAAAGAUUGCAGGUUUUAAUUUAACUUUGGAAAUGAACUGAAAUGAAAAUGGAAUGGAUUAAGAAAGACCCUUAAAAAUUCUGCAAGUACUCAGUAUUUUUCUUACUGCAGACUUGGUAGUGAUUCUUUCCAAGAUGGAAGAAAAACCACUCUUUCUUCACAGAAAACAGUGUCUUCAUAUCUGCAAUUGUCAUAACUGCGUUCUCCAACAUGCUGAUCAUGUUGGAAGGGGAAAUGGUGAGAACUAAGAAAAUAAUUUGAACUGACUUGAAAUGCCAGAGAUCUCCUUAAAGUACACACUGUGACAUUUGACCAAGGGAGAAGUCAUAGCAUUUAAAGUGACUGCAAGCUUACGGCCCAGAUUGCCUGUGACUUAACUUGUAGCUCAAAAAAGAAAAGCAAUAACAACCAACGCACCUGCAGAUUGCUCUAUAAGCUGAUUCUUAUGUUUUAUGUAACUUCCCUCUCCCAAUAUCUGUGGUACUUCCCCCCUUUUUAAAACCAACUAAUAUUAAUUUUGUUUUACUAUUGAAUAGAAAUAGGUAGAAAUGUGUAAUUAUAUUGUCUAACCUAAAUAACGAGGUAUGAUUAUAGCUUAAAACAUGAGACUUUUUUGUAAAUUUAAGUGGUCAGGUUUAGCACUUUUGAUUAUUUUGCUAUAAAAUUAAAGAGUAAAUGUCAUUAAAAUAAUAUUCAGUGCUGCUAGA